AUGGUCGUGGGCAACUACUCCAGCUUCCUGAUCAAACGGAACAAGCAGACAUCCAGCACCGAGCCCCGUAACCUGAAGGCCCCCAACUCCUUCCACUACAACGGUCUGAUUCACCGCAAGACAGUGGGCGUGGAGCCAGCUGCCAUCGGCAAAGGUGUGGUGGUCAUCAUGAAGCAGAGAUCCGGCCAGCGAAAGCCGGCCACCUCCUACAUGCAGACCACUGGCAACAAGACCGCCCGGGCCACCCUCAGCAGCAUCCGGCACAUGAUCCGCAAGAACAAGUACCGCCCGGACUUGCUCAUGGAAGUCAUCCGAAGACCAGCGCCAUCCUGCGCAGCCAGAAGCCUGUGA